GAAAGCUUGAAGUACUCGAAGUACUUGGAAUCUUAAGAAAUCCACAGCUUGCCCUAGCAUUCCCCUCAUCCUCUUCCAUCAAAUCUGUGAUCAUUAUUCAGCCCGCAUGUAGAGCUCAUCAUGGCUCCUCAUGCUGGGUUUGAUACAGAUCAGAUCAAAGAUAAAGCGAGAAAGGAUUUAUUAUACUUAUUAGAGGGCGUAAGUAAGGCCUCACCGUCCUCCAAGCUGCUCCGGGCCACAGCUGACACGUUACUCCUCGCAGGUUCGCGGAAAGAAGAAUCUGGUACUUGAUAAGAGUUUGGCUGGCCCACUCGGCAUAAUCGUCAAGUUUUCCACUCUUCAAGAUUAUGGCGUCGAUAAGGUUUUCUUUUUAGAGAAUGGCAAUGCAGAUGUCAGCCAGCAGAAUGUCGUGUUCAUUGCUAGGGGCGAGAGUGCGAAGCAUGCUCAAUCGAUAGCUGGUAAGUGCUUGUUCAUUUUGGCGACUCCUUAUUCCCUCAAACCUCUAAUGGGAUCUCGAAAGUAGACCUUAUAGAAGUAUCUCUCCCGCUCUAUUCGGUCAGUCUUGAUCCCUUACAUGGAUAAUUUCUAUAUAUUUAGACAACACGGACAUAAGCGUAUUCUCGAUUUCACCUUGUGUUUAAUGCUAUCAGAACGUGCUGACAACCCCAGAUCAUAUCAAGCGCAUGCAGCGAGAGAGCCAAACGGGACAUGAAUUUUCCAUAUUUUGGGUUCCACGGAGAACAUUGGUAUCAGAAAAGAUCCUUGAAGAAGCCGGAGUACUGGGUGAUACCAGUAUUGCCGAAUUUCCUCUCUACUUUCUCCCACUCGAAAAAGACCUCUUGUCAUUAGAAUUGGACGAAUCAUUCGAAGAUUUGUAUUUACGAAAAGAUCCAACACCGACAUUUCUCCUCGCACGUGCUUUGAUGCUCAUACAACAAAAACAUGGCCUGUUUCCCCGAAUGACUGGGCAAGGUGACAAUGCGAAAAGACUUUCAGAUCUCCUCUUACGAAUGCGACAAGAAUUGAUCGCGGGCGAAGAUACCAAUGAAAGCAACAAGCUUGGGCUCUCUCCAAGUAACACGAUUGAAAGCCUCAUUAUUAUCGAUCGCGAAAUUGAUUACGCGACUCCCUUACUGACGCAAUUGACAUAUGAAGGGUUAAUUGACGAAGCGGUAGGCAUUCAACAUAAUCAAGCUGAUGUGGACUCAUCCAUUGUGGGGUCGGCUCCUCAAGUUGCUCAAGGGUCCUCGAAAACUGUCGGAGCAGCACCCGCCCAGGCCAAAAAGCGAAAAAUAAUUCUGGAUUCGUCCGAUAAACUUUAUACCCAAUUGAGGGACACCAAUUUUGCCAUUGUUGGGCCACUAUUGAAUAAGGUCGCACGACGUCUUAAAGAUGAUUAUGAAAGUAGACAUGGAACAAAAAGUACUGCAGAAUUGCGAGAUUUCGUAAACAAGCUUCCAGGUUACCAGGCCGAACAACAGAGUCUGAAAAUACAUACUGGCUUAGCAGAGGAGAUAAUGAAACACACUCGUUCAGAACAGUUCAGCCGUUUGCUAGAAGUUCAACAGAAUCUAGUUGCAGGUGCCGAUCCUUCUUCGCAGCACGAUGCCAUCGAAGAGCUCAUUGCUCGAGAUGCCCCUCUUCCAGAAGUUCUGCGACUUUUGUGCCUGGAGUCAUGCAUCUCUGGUGGUGUCAAACCUCGGGAUUUGGAUACAUUCAAGAAAAUGAUUCUACAGGCCUAUGGUUACCAGCAUCUGCUUACCUUGGAUGCUCUAGAAAAGUUACAGUUACUCCUUUCAAGAACAUCUCCCAUGGCAUCUAUAAUCCCUAUGACCGGGGCUGGAUCCCAACCUGGCACCAAUACUGACUAUACUUAUCUGCGAAAACAGCUUCGCCUAAUUGUUGAUGAAGUUAACGAGCACGAUCCAAAUGACAUCGCUUAUGUCUACAGUGGCUAUGCGCCGCUCUCAAUACGCCUUGUUCAAUGCAUAUUACAAAAGCAAUAUUUAAUGUCGAUGACCAGAGGAGCAAAUGCGAAUAAUACUGCGAAUGUCGCUACUGGUGGAGCCUCUCAAGGCUGGCGAGGAUUUGAUGAACUAUUGAAGCAUGUGCGAGGCCAGACUUUUGACGAGGUACAAGCAGGGGAAGAUAAAGCUGUUAAAGCAAAAGCUCUUCUGGCGGGCAGUGGUGAGAAGAAGACUGUUUUCGUUGUAUUCUUAGGUGGAGUGACAUUUACGGAAAUUGCAGCUUUGAGGUUUAUCGCGAAGCAAGAAGAAGGUAUGCAUUUCGGUAUUACUCUUUAAACACUUCAGCACUAACUAACAAACAUACAGCACGGAAGCAGAUCAUCAUAUGCACAACGUCAAUCAUAAGCGGAAAUCGAAUGAUGGAUGUGGCCAUAGAGAAGGACUCGUUGGGCAGGAGUAGUGUGCCAGACGUAACAUCAUGAAGAACAAUGAGAAUUAUCAUGAACAAAAGAUAAAAGGGGCAGAGUGCCUACUUCAAUAAUAGUAAUCCUAAAUGAAAAUAUUUGCCAACAAUGAA